CGGCUGCGCCCUAUCCCACACGGAGGGGUUUUCAAUCCCGUUAACAACUGCUUUUUUACUGGGACGUUAAUUGGAAUUCGUGGUUUACUUGGUCUGGAUUCCCGUUUUGAGAAGAAAGAGUGCAAAUGGAACUUCUCUCAUAUUGACGUCAGCUCGCGGGUGGAAAGCAUCUGGAAAUACAUCUUCCUCCUCAGCGCUACUGUGGGACCUGGAAUCUAAGAUUACAAGAGUUUUGUGGAGGAUCAUUUCUUUGAAAUGGAUUCUUUCUUUGUAGAGGGGGCCCGUGUCUGGCUGUGGGACAAAGAGCAGCUCCUUCCUGCUACUGUCAGCUCCUGUUCCCACGACGACGGAUCCUUGGUCCUCACCACCAACUAUGAUGAGGUGAUGUACCUGCAGCGGGCGGAGCUCAGCAGAGACAAGGUGUUUCCGAUGCACCCCACCAGUAUUAAUGGAGUAGAGGACAUGUCUACUCUGGCAGAACUACACGAAGCUGCCAUUAUGUACAACCUCUACCUCCGCUACCAGAAGGACUGCAUCUAUACCAACAUAGGGUCUAUCCUGGCAGCAGUGAACCCCUAUAAGCAGAUCCCAGGUCUGUAUGACCCAGAAGCAGUAGGCCUGUAUAGUAGACACCACCUGGGAGAGCUGCCCCCCCACAUCUUCGCUGUGGCCAACGAGUGUUACCGCUGCCUCUGGAAGAGGCACGACAGCCAGUGUGUUCUCAUCAGUGGCGAAUCAGGUGCGGGGAAGACUGAGAGUACCAAGCUGCUGCUCCAGUUCCUGUCUGUGAUGUCACAGAAGUCUGCCGGGACAGCCCCCUCUGAGAGGAGCACCCGCGUGGAGCAGGCCAUCGUACAGAGCAGCCCCAUCAUGGAGGCGUUUGGGAAUGCCAAGACGGUUUACAACAACAACUCUUCCCGCUUUGGGAAGUUCAUCCAGCUCCACUUCUCCCAGAGUGGGAACAUCCAAGGAGGACGCAUCAUCGACUAUUUACUUGAAAAGAACCGUGUGGUGAGGCAGAACCCUGGAGAGAGGAACUAUCAUAUCUUCUAUGCUCUGCUGGCCGGGGCAGACAAGGACCACAGAGAGCUGUACUUCCUGUCUGAGGGCCCGGAGUCGUACCUCUACCUGAGUCAGUCUGGCUGUGUGAAGGACAGGAGCCUAGACGACCUGCAGCUCUACGACAGUGUUAUGGAGGCUUUAAAGGUGAUGGAGUUCAGUGAGGAGGAGAUACGGGACGUCUUCAAGCUGCUGUCUGCUGUUCUCCUGAUAGGGAACAUAGAAUUCAUGACCGCAGGAGGAGCACAAAUCACAUCCAAAGGAGUGGUCAGUAAUGUCAGUGAUCUGCUGGGUCUGGACUCGUUCCAGCUGUCUGAGGUUCUGACCCAGAGGUCCAUGAUCCUGAGAGGAGAGGAGAUCUGUUCACCCCUUACUGUUGAACAGGCGGUGGACUCUCGGGACUCGGUUGCCAUGGCGUUGUACUCCCAGUCUUUCUCCUGGAUCAUCACACGGAUCAACCAGAAGGUCAGAGGGAAGGACAACUUCAAGUCCAUCGGCAUCCUCGACAUUUUCGGCUUCGAGAACUUUGAGGUGAACAGAUUUGAACAGUUCAACAUCAACUACGCCAACGAGAAGCUCCAGGAAUACUUCAACAAACACAUCUUCUCCCUGGAACAACUGGAGUAUAACAGAGAAGGGAUCCAGUGGGAAGCUAUAGACUGGAAGGAGAAUGCAGAGUGUCUGGACCUCAUAGAGAAGAAACUGGGCAUGUUGGCUCUGAUCAACGAGGAGAGUCGCUUCCCUAAAGGCACCGACUACACCCUGCUAGAGAAACUACACAGUAGACAUGCCACUAACCACUACUACAUGAAACCCAGAGUGACGGAUCACCAGUUUGGCAUCAAGCACUACGCUGGAGAGGUUCUGUAUGACAUCAGAGGGAUCCUACAGAAGAACAGAGACACCUUCAGAGAUGACAUCUUAAACAUGCUGAAAGACAGCAGACUUGACUUCAUCUAUGACCUGUUUGAGCGUGUCGGGAGCAGGAACGGAGAGGAGACCCUGAAGAUGGGGACGGCCAGACGCAAACCCACCGUCAGCUCUCAGUUCAGGGACUCUCUCCAUUCCUUGAUGAACACUCUGAGUGCCUCCAACCCUUUCUUCGUGCGCUGCAUCAAACCCAACAUGGACAAGAAUGCCAACAUGUUUGACCCAGAAGUGGUCUUGAACCAGCUGAGGUAUUCUGGGAUGUUGGAGACAGUGAAGAUCCGCAGGGCUGGGUUUCCUGUCCGCAGGACCUUUACAGACUUCUACAGCAGGUACAUGAUGAAAGACAACCGUCCGACAGACGACCAGAGAGGGAGGUGUACAGAGCUGUUGAUGUCAUACGACCCCGCCAAGAGAGACUGGCAGCUGGGGAAGACUAAGGUGUUCCUGAAGGAAGAGCUGGAACACAGGCUGGAGAAGGAGAGGGAAGAGGUACGGAGACAGGCGGGCAUGGUGAUCCGGGCACACAUACUCAGCUAUAUGGCAAGGAAGCACUAUAAGAGGGUCCUGGCCAGCACCGUCACCAUCCAGAAGAACUACAGGGCUCACUUCUGGAGACGCGUGUUCCUGCGGCUCCGCACUGCAGCUGUCGUUCUCCAGAAACACCAACGUGGUCGGCUGGCCCGAGGCCUCUACCGCCAGCUCUCUGAGGAGAAGAGGAGGAGAGAGGAGGAGGAGAGAAGACAGAGGGAGGAGGAGAAGAGGAGGCUGGAAGAGGAGAUGAGACGAGAGGAGGAGGAGCGGAGGAGGAGAGAGGAAGAGGAGGAGGAAGAGAAACGGAGGGUGUUAGACCUGGAGGAGUUGAGGAGGAAGGAGGAGGAAAGACUGAGACUACAACAGGAGCAGGAAGCACUGAGGAGAAAAGAGGAGGAGCUUAGCAACAGACAGGAAGAGAAGAAGAACACUACAGCUAACAACAGGAACUCCCUGGGGAUGGAUUAUCUUGCUCCCCAUAAGGAGGUGUACCAUAAGGAGGUGUCCCUGUCCCACUCCCUGCACCCCCACACCUCAGAGGAGGAGUCCCGUCAGAUGGAGGAGAUCCUCCGGCUGGAGAAGGAGAUCGAGAGGCUGCAGCGCCAGAGGGAGGACGGGGUGUCCAUGUUAGGGGACGGCCUGGAAGGGAGCAGGGAGGAGCUCCGGCAGAGGAGGGACGCAGAGAUCUACAGGCUGGAGAAGGAGGCGUCUCGCGUGGCCACAGAGUUCCUGGAGCUCCUGGACUUUGGGGGUCUGGAACAGUGUCUGUCCAGCGAGGAGAACCUCCACGACCCCUCAGAGAGCACCACUCCCCUGGCCCGGGCCGAGGAGGUGGAGGAGUGUCCCAGUAGUGGUAUCCCCCUCCCUGACUUCCCUCUCCCUGCGGAGGUCCCUCUGGACCAGGAGCUGUUCUCCUCCCUCCCUCCUCCUCCUCCGGCCUUCGCUGAGGGUCUGGUAGCAAAGGCCCUGGCCCUCUCCCAGACCCCAUGUUGCCCCCCUGUUUACUCCCCUCUCACCUCCUAUGGGUCUAGUGCCCCUACACACCACCCUGCUCAUCCACCUCCUCUCCCUGCCCUCACCACCGGAGGAGGUAAAGCUUUGUGCCACCAACCCACCAGGAGAACAGAGGUGGCUCCAGACACCAACAGAGGACCCAGGAGAGGAGAGGUUAUACCCAACAGACCCUGCGCCAGGGUCGAUGUUAUGCCCACCGGGGUAGACGUUACUCCCGCCACAGUACCUGAGGCUGUGCCAGUGAGAAGAGCAGGCAUAGUGCCCUCUAGAGUGGGGGCCAGGGAGGCCGGGGAGGCCGGGGAGGCCAGGGAGGCCAGGGAGGCCAGGGAGGAGAUCUCCUUCAGCAUCCUACCAGACACAGAGUCAGACUAUGACCAGGAGGAGUUUGAGGAGGUGCAGGGGAGUACUGGCUCGGGAGACGCAGCCAGUAUCACGGACGGACAUGCUACUGAUGAGGAGGUGCUAGGAAAUCAUCCUGUACUCAGAACAGCCUGGACUCCUUCAGAGGCAGCUCAGACUCUGAAAUCAUCCUGUACUCAGAACAGCCUGGACUCCUUCAGAGGCAGCUCAGACUCUGUGAGUACUAGCGUGUUUACAUACUACACACUAGAUACUACAUACUGCAGCCUGGACUCCUUCAGAGGCAGCUCAGACUCUGUGAGUACUAGCGUGUUUACAUACAGGAAAUCAUCCUGUACUCAGAACAGCCUGGACUCCUUCAGAGGCAGCUCAGACUCUGUGAGUACCAGCGUGUUUACAUACAGGAAAUCAUCCUGUACUCAGAACAGCCUGGACUCCUUCAGAGGCAGCUCAGACUCUGUGAGUACUAGCGUGUUUACAUACAGGAAAUCAUCCUGUACUCAGAACAGCCUGGACUCCUUCAGAGGCAGCUCAGACUCUGUGAGUACUAGCGUGUUUACAUACAGGAAAUCAUCCUGUACUCAGAACAGCCUGGACUCCUUCAGAGGCAGCUCAGACUCUGUGAGUACUAGCGUGUUUACAUACAGGAAAUCAUCCUGUACUCAUAACAGCCUGGACUCCUUCAGAGGCAGCUCAGACUCUGUGAGUACUAGCGUGUUUACAUACAGGAAAUCAUCCUGUACUCAGAACAGCCUGGACUCCUUCAGAGGCAGCUCAGACUCUGUGAGUACUAGCGUGUUUACAUACAGGAAAUCAUCCUGUACUCAGAACAGCCUGGACUCCUUCAGAGGCAGCUCAGACUCUUUUAUAGACAGUGACACAAGCAGCACCGAUGGUUACGUGGACACAGACGAGGAGGUGUCCAAUGGCAGGGUGAACCUACUGAGCGGCUCUGGGCCUCCAUACUUCCACAGCUACCUCUACAUGAAGGGUGGUCUGAUGAUCCCAUGGCGGCGGAGGUGGUGUGUGUUAAAGGAUGAGGUCUUCAUGUGGUUCAGGGCUAAGCAGGACAGUCUGAAGAGUGGCUGGCUGUAUAAGAAGGGAGGUGGCAUGUCCACUCUGUCCAGAAGGAACUGGAAGCAGCGCUGGUUCGUACUGAGAGAAGAUAAACUCAUGUACUUUGAGAACGACAGCGAGGAGAAACUGAAGGGGACCAUCGACAUCCGCUCUGCCAAGGACAUAGUGGAUAACCAUGCGAAGGAGAAUGCUCUGAACAUCGUGACUGAAGAGAGAACCUACCACAUCUAUGCAGAGACUCCUGAAGACGCCAGUGGCUGGUUCAACGUGCUGAGUCGUGUCCACAGUGCCAGUCCAGAACAGCUGAUGGAGAUACACCAUGAGCAGGCAAACCCCAAGAAUGCUGUGGGAACUGUGGAUGUUGGACUGAUCGACUCUGUGUGCGCCUCAGACAACCCAGACAGACCCAACUCGUUUGUUAUCAUCACUGCUAACCGUGUUAUCCACUGCAACACUGAGAUGCCUGAAGAGAUGCACCACUGGAUCGGCCUGCUGCAGAAACCUAAAGGAGACGCCAGAAUAGACGGACAGGAUUUCCUCGUCAGAGGUUGGCUACACAAGGAGAUCAGGGCUAAGAGCACUAAUCUGAAGCUGAAGAAGAGAUGGUUUGUUUUAACCUCGAACUCUCUGGACUACUACAAGUCUUCAGAGCGCAGUAUGUCCAAGCUGGGGACCCUGGUCCUCAACAGUCUCUGCUCUGUGGUCCAGCCCGACGAGAAGGUCUUCAAGGACACAGGUUACUGGAACAUCGUCGUCCACGGCCGUAAACACUCGUACCACCUCUACACCAAACUACUGAACGAGGCUAUGCGCUGGGCGUCGGCCAUGCAGGGGGCGAUUGACAGCAAGGUUCCCAUAGAGACACCCACACAGCAACUCAUCAGGGACAUCAAGGAGAGCAGUCUGAACGUGGAGGCUGUGGAGCAGAUGUACUGGAGGAACCCUAUCCUCAGAUAUACCCAGCACCCCCUCCACUCCCCCCUGCUGCCUCUGCCUUAUGGGGAGGUCAACAUCCACCUCCAAAAGGAGAAGGGCUAUGCCAGCCUGCAGGACGAGGCAGUGAAGAUCUUCAACUCUCUGCAGGAGAUGGAGGCAGUGUCCGACCCGGUGCCCAUCAUCCAGGGCAUCCUCCAGACCUGCCACGACCUGCGCCUGCUCCGAGACGAGGUCUACUGUCAGCUCAUCAAACAGACCAAUCACGUGCCUCAGCCCAACAGCUCAGCCAAUCGUGCCCACUGGCACCUCCUCACCUGUAUGAGCUGUACCUUCCUGCCCAGCCGGGGCAUCGUGCGCUACCUCAGGUUCCACCUUAAAAGGGUGAAGGAGCAGUUUCCUGGAACAGAGGUGGACAUGUUUGCCCAUUUCAUAGGUGAGUCUCUGAAGAGGACCAAGGUCAGGGAGUAUGUUCCGUCUCAGGAGGAGAUCGUAGCCCUACUGACCAGGCAGGAAAUGGCUACUACGGUCUACUGCCAUGGAGGAGGAUCCUGCAAGAUCUCCAUCAACUCACACACCACCGCCGGAGAGGUGGUGGAGAAGUUGAUCCGAGGCCUGGCCAUGGAGGACAGUAGAAACAUGUUUGCCCUGUUUGAACACAACAACGCUAUGGACCGGGCUGUGGAGAGCAGAGUCAUCGUGGCUGACGUACUCGCCAAGUUCGAGAGGCUGUCGGGCAGCGAGGAGGUGGAGGAGGAGGGACAGUGGAGGCUCUACUUCAAACUCUACUGUUUCCUGGAUGUAGAGAGCAUGCCAAAGGAAGGGGUGGAGUUCGCUUUCAUGUUCGAACAGGCCCAUGAGUCUCUGACCAGCGGUCACUUCCCGGCCCCAGAGGACACCCUGCAGCACCUGGCUGCUCUCAGGCUCCAGUUCCUUCACGGGGACAAGGCCCGGGUCAGCUGGUCUCUGGACAACGUCUACCCUGUAGGGAGGCUCCGUGCACGCAUCCUGCACUUCACCAAGGUGGGCGCGGCCGGAGGGGCGGGGCCAGGGGGCCACACACUGGAGCGGAGGCGGACCAGCUUCCUGGAUGGGACCCUGCGCCGCAGCAGGCUGAAGACGGGCUCCAUGAAGAAACAGAAGAUGGAGGAGGAACAGAUGCUGGAGAUGUGGGUGAAGGAGGAGACUUCAGCCACCAGAACCUCCAUCGUAGAGAAGUGGUCCCGACUCCAGGGACUGGACCAGCACACUGCCAUGAUCAAAUACAUGGCCAUAAUCAAGGAGUGGCCCGGAUAUGGGGCCACACUGUUCGACGUAGAGUGUAAAGAAGGAGGCUUUCCUCAUGACCUGUGGCUGAGUGUGAGUGCAGAGAACGUGUCGGUCUACAAGAGAGGAGAACCCAAACCUCUAGAGACAUUCCCCUACGAACACAUCAUCUUCUUCGGCGCUCCGCAGGCCGCUACCUAUAAGAUCACAGUGGACGACAGAGAGAUGUUCUUUGAGACACCUCUGGUUGGAGAGAUCACCAAGAUCAUGAAAGCCUACAUCAACAUGAUAGUGAAGAAGAGAUGCAGUGUCAGAUCUGUGUCCAGCUACGGAACCAACUGGAUCAGGUGAUUAGGGACAGGACAGGACACAGCCCAGUUGGCUUCCCACCGCCCCAGGCUAACAGGCUAACAGGACAGGACAGGACAGGACACAACCCAGUUGGCUUCCCACCACCCCAGGCUAACAGGCUAACAGGACAGGACACAGCCCAGUUGGCUUCCCACCACCCCAGGCUAACAGGCUAACAGGCUAACAGGCUAACAGGACAGGACACAGCCCAGUUGGCUUCCCACCGCCCCAGCCUAACAGGCUAAAAGGACAGGACAGGACACAGCCCAGUUGGCUUCCCACCGCCCCAGGCUAACAGGCUAACAGGCUAACAGGCUAACAGGACAGGACACAGCCCAGUUGGCUUCCCACCACCCCAGGCUAACAGGCUAAAAGGACAGGACAGGACACAGCCCAGUUGGCUUCCCACCGCCCCAGGCUAACAGGCUAAAAGGACAGGACAGGACACAGCCCAGUUGGCUUCCCACCACCCCAGGCUAACAGGCUAACAGGACAGGACA